AUGCAGCUGGAGAUUGCCAGGCUGCUGGCGCUGUACAGCCUGUUCGACAAUCCGCUGAGCGACCGGCGCAAUGGGGUGCACCUGGGCCUCCCUCCCGAGAUCCGCCAGCACUGCGACUUCGAGCUCUUUGCGUCGCCGCUGAACGCGACCGUGCCCAAUGGCCGCUUUGCAAGCAAGUGGCCACACAUCGAGUGGCGAUUUGGCUCGAUUGGCAAGUACCCGGAGGUGGUGAAGGAGAUUCCGAUGACUUCAGUGGUGUGCGUCAACCCACCGUUCACUGAGGAGUACCUCUCCGACGUGAUGGAGCGGCUGGCGGAGCUGAAGCUGAGGUUCCGGCUCCGCAUCAGCAUCCCCAUCCAG